AUGGACGCCGGCUAUUUUCGUGGAGCCAGUUCAGACCAAGAUGGCCGUUUCUCGGACAAAGAAAAGAAGCUCUUGAAGACAAUGAAAUUCGAAUCUCAGUUGGAGAAAAAGGUUAGCCACUCGUUGUUUGGUUUUCAGCAUUUUCAGCAUUGCGUCACUGCUAAUGCUAAUCUUUGAAAAUUAAAGGUUUUCAAAGGGCUCUUUUCUUCAAGAUCGACGUGAAUCGCAUCAAUAUGGACGUCAUCAAGCCGUGGAUCACUGUUCGUGUCAACGAAAUUCUGGGAAUGGAGGACGACGUCGUCGUCGAAUAUAUUCUGUCACAGUUGGAGAUCAAAGAUCUCAAUCCGAAGUUACUCCAGGUAUUUAUCGAUUUUUACGGUAUAUUUUCAUAUAACUGUUGAUUCCAGAUUAAUGUGACUGGGUUUCUGAAUGCAAGAAGAGCUCGAGAGUUCGUCGGUGAGCUCUGGAAUCUGUUCAUCGAGGCGAAUGAGUCGGAAGACGGAAUUCCGGCAUCUCUUGUCAACAAAAAGCUCGCCGAGAUGAAGGUGAGCGAGGGUGGACGUGAUGCUCUGAGAGAGGAGGACGACUGGACCAACCGAUACAAGACGCUGAGCAACGGACGAUACACAGGGCCGGCCAAGGAGAAAGAGGUCAGAGAUGACCGUAUUCCGGCCAGAGCUCUCAGUCCGAGAAGAACGCCGCCGCGUCGAAAUGCUUCACCGCCAAAGAAACCUGAAAGCCCAGCGAAACAACAAGUACGUUCCCCGCCUAGAAGAUCACCACCAAGAAGGGAAGGAGGACUCCCGCCACGGCGAGAAAACCGUUCUCCUCCAAAAAGAAACGGAAGAUCUCCUCCGAGACGUGAUGCUCGCUCGCCACCCAGAAGACGUGGAUCCCCGCCGCCACGCCGGGACCGAGGAGACCGCAGAGACGACAGAGACCGUCGUGAUUUCGAUCGUAGACCACCACGCCGUGAAGUAGACGAGAAGGAACGGGAGGAAGAAACACGCCGCCGUGAGAUCGAACGCAAGAAGCGGCACGAAGAAGCCGAGCGUCGCAGAGAAGCAGCACCAGCUCGUCGUCGUAGCCCUUCGAAGAGCCGUUCUCCAGUCAAAAGACGUCGUUCUCGCACUCGUUCCCGCUCCCCACGCUCCCGUUCGCCACGUCGUGCCGUUUCUCCUCCUCGCAGACGGUUCGUCGAAAAGAAGAGUGAGAGCCCAGAACCACCGAGACGCCCACGCAAAGUUUCCGAGUCUGGAAGUGAGGCCGGAGCUGUAGAGCCGAAAAGCCCGCCAAUCAAGAGAAAGCGCGCUGAUUCCGAUGCGUCGGAUGAUUCGGAUCAGGAGAGACGCAGAAAGAAGGCCAAGAAGGAGAAGAAGAGCAGAAAGCAUAAGAAGGUAAAAUAACAAAUGAUAAAAUUUAAUAGCUAUUUCGAAUUUUCAGGAGAAGAAGAACAAGAAGCACCGCAAGCGUCGUUCCCCAUCGAGAAGUGGAUCGGAGUCUGGCUCCGAGAGCGACUAA